GUGAACGUGGGUCAGAACGCUACGUUUCAGUGCACCGCCGGAGGGAAAUGGUCUCAGCAUGAUAAACUCUGGCUACAGCAGUGGAAUGGUAAGGACACAGCGUUGAUGGUGACCAGAGUGGUGAACCACCGGCGUUUCUCUGCAACCGUCAGCGUCGGCGACACGUCACAGCGCAGCACCAGCCGCUACCGCUGCGUCAUCCGAUCAGACGGCGGCUCAGGGGUGUCCAACUACGCCGACCUCAUCGUUAAAGCUCCACCCACCCCCAUCGCUCCGCCUGAGCUUCUCGCCGUUGGCGCCACCUACCUUUGGAUCAAACCCAACGCCAACAGCAUCAUCGGCGACGGCCCGAUCAUCCUGAAGGAAGUGGAAUAUCGCACCACUUCAGGGAACUGGGCGGAGACCCACGUGGUGGACUCCCCCACCUAUAAGCUGUGGCAUCUGGACCCAGAUGUGGAGUAUGAAAUCAAGGUCCUCCUGUCCAGGCCUGGGGAGGGAGGCACGGGGCCUCCGGGGCCACCUCUGGUUACCAGGACCAAAUGUGCAGAUCCAGUCCACGGACCCCAAAACGUCAAUGUAGUGGAUGUCAGAGCCCGCCAGCUGACUAUUCAGUGGGAGACGUUUGGGUAUGCUGUGACACGCUGCCACAGCUACAAUCUGACGGUACAGUACCAGUACAUGUUCAACCAGCAGGAGUUUGCAGCAGAGGAGCUGAUCCAGACGUCAUCACAUUACACUCUGAGGGGGCUGAGGCCCUUCGUCACGGUCAGACUGCGGCUGGUCCUGGCCAACCCCGAAGGCAGCAAGGAGAGCGAGGAGAUAGUCAAGCAGACAGAGGAGGACGUGCCUGGUUCUGUGCCGAUGGAGUCUCUGCAGAAUACGCCCUAUGAAGAGAAGAUCUUCAUGCAGUGGAAAGCUCCCAAUGAGACCAACGGGGUCAUCACUCUGUAUGAGAUUACCUACAAGGCCCUGAGCUCGUUGGACCCCAGCGCAGAUCUGACAACCCAGAGGGGACGGGUGUUCAAACUGAGGAAUGAGACCCAUCAUCUGUUUGUAGGUCUCUACCCAGGGACCACCUACUUCUUCACCCUCAAAGCUUCCACGAACAAGGGCUUCGGCCCGCCCGUCACCACCCGCAUCAGCACCAAGAUAGCAGCCCCGCUGAUGCCAGAGUACGAGUCUGAGGCUCCACUGAACGAGACGGAGACCACCAUCACCAUCCUGCUGAAGCCCGCCCAGUCACGUGGAGCACCUAUCAGCUCCUACCAGCUCGUUGUGAAGGAGGAGCGCAAGUCCAAGACCCGCCGUGCUGCCUCCGAAGCCCCCGAGUGUUUUUCAGCUCCUGUCAGCUUCCGCAAUGCCUCCAUCUUGGACUCGCCCUACUACAUUGCUGCUGAACUGCCACCAUCCAGCCUCACAGUUGUGCAGCCAUUCACAGUGGGUGACAACAAGAGUUACGGCGGUUUCUGGAAUCCUCCGCUAUCUCCUGCCAAGAGCUACAGCAUCUACUACCAGGCCAUGAGCAGAGCCAAUGGGGAAACCAAAAUCAACUGUGUCCGCCUGGCUAACAAAGUGGUAAUAGGUAGGGGACAAAUAACAACGCCGUACAUUCUAGUCAUCCCAAGCGAAGGUGAUUAUUGCUUUAUAGGUGCGUCCACCCAGGACUCAGAUGCCAUGGAGCCAGAGAAGCAGGUGGACAGCACAGUGAAAAUGGCUGGAGUGAUCGCGGGGAUCCUCAUGUUCAUCAUCAUCCUCCUCGGUGUCGUCCUCACCUUCAAACGCAGAAGACAUGCUUAUUCCUACUCUUAUUACCUGAAGCUGGCGAAGAAGCAGAAGGAGACUGCCAGCAGCUCCACUCAGCAGAGGGAGAUGGGUCCGGUCACCACAGCCGAUAAGAGCACCACUAAAGUCAGCACCCUGCACAAAGAUGACCCCUUCUCCACCUCCAACCAGGACCUCAACGGAUUCACUGACAGCAGCCAGCCAUCGCUCGCCCAGCCCUCUCUGACCCUGCAGAGUUUUCCCUAUGGAGGCUGUGAGUCUGUGGAGCUCUCCUACCAGAGUGGCCAGUUUCAACCGGCUAUUCGAGUUGCUGACCUCCUCCAACACAUCACCCAGAUGAAAUGUGGUCAGGGCUAUGGUUUCAAGGAGGAAUAUGAGGCCCUGGCAGAGGGACAGACGGCGCCCUGGGAAACGGCCAAGAAGGACGAGAACCGCAACAAGAAUCGCUAUGGCAACAUCAUCGCUUACGACCACACCAGAGUCCGACUGCAGCUGCUGGAUGGAGACCCCCACUCUGACUACAUCAACGCCAAUUAUAUUGAUGGGUACCAUAGACCCAGACAUUACAUCGCCACACAAGGGCCCAUGCAGGAGACAGUGAGGGAUUUCUGGAGGAUGGUCUGGCAGGAAAACUCGGCCUCUAUCGUCAUGGUUACCAACCUGGUGGAGGUGGGCAGGGUGAAGUGUGUGCGUUACUGGCCUGAUGAGACAGAGGUGUACGGAGACAUCAAGGUGACCCUGAUAGAAACUGAACCACUGGCAGAAUACGUCAUAAGGACAUUCACCGUGCAAAAGAAGGGUCAUCAUGAGAUCCGCGAACUCCGUCAAUUUCAUUUCACCAGCUGGCCAGACCAUGGCGUUCCCUGUUACGCCACCGGACUGCUGGGCUUCAUACGACAGGUCAAGUUCCUCAAUCCACCAGAUGCCGGGCCCAUAGUGGCACACUGCAGUGCCGGAGCAGGGAGGACGGGAUGUUUCAUCGCAGUGGACAUCAUGUUGGACAUGGCAGAGAAUGAAGGUGUGGUGGACAUUUUCAACUGCAUCCGAGAGCUGAGAUCACAGCGAGUCAACAUGGUGCAGACAGAGGAGCAGUAUGUGUUUGUUCACGAUGCCAUCUUGGAGGCGUGUCUAUGUGGGAACACAGCCAUACCAGUGUGUGAGUUCAGAGCCAUUUACUACAACAUCAGCAGACUGGACCCACAGACCAACUCCAGCCAGAUUAAAGACGAGUUCCAGACUCUGAACAUAGUGACACCCAGGGUCCGUCCAGAGGACUGCAGCGUGGGUUUGCUACCCAGGAACCAUGACAAGAACCGCAGUAUGGACGUCCUAUCAGCAGACCGAUGCCUGCCUUUCCUCAUAUCUGUGGACGGAGAGAGCUCCAAUUACAUCAAUGCUGCAUUAAUGGAUAGCCACAAACAGCCAGCGGCCUUCAUUGUUACCCAACAUCCUUUGCCAAACACCAUGGGCGACUUCUGGAGGCUGGUGUUCGACUACAACUGCUCUUCCAUUGUAAUGCUCAAUGAGAUGGACGCAGCGCAGUUAUGUAUGCAGUACUGGCCAGAGAAGAGUUCAUGUUGCUAUGGUCCCAUUCAAGUGGAGUUCAUAUCAGCAGACAUUGAUGAAGACAUCAUCAACCGAAUCUUCAGGAUCUGCAACAUGGCCAGGCCACAGGACGGUUACCGUCUGGUGCAGCACUUCCAGUUCAUUGGCUGGCCAGCCUACAGGGACACACCUCUCUCUAAGCGCUCUAUCCUCCAGCUGGUCAGGAGGCUGGCUAAGUGGCAGGAGCAGUAUGAUGGAGGAGAUGGGAGGACUGUGGUACACUGCCUUACCGGCGGAGGGCGUUCUGGAACGUUCUGUGCCAUCUGCAGCAUCAAUGAGAUGAUCCAGCAGCAGAACAUCGUGGAUGUUUUCCACACUGUCAAAACACUGAGGAACAACAAAACUAAUAUGGUGGAGACCAUGGAACAGUACAAGUUCUGCUAUGAAGUGGCUCUGGAGGCGCUCAGCUCCUUCUGAUUGGCUAUGGGCCAAAAUUCUCUUUUCUGAUUCGCCGUUGAUGCUGCCUGCCAUUCUCAAUGCAACACA